UUCCCCCACGCCGCCCCUCCCCCCUCGCGCUCGUUGGGUCCUGACGACGGAGCUUCGGCCGCGGAUCCCGUGCGGGCAUCGAGCGCUCGAGUCGCUGGCUCUCCGCCGCCCGCGUCGUCUGCAGGCUGUGGGAGCCGGUCGCCGGCCGCAGCCCCCCGCCUCCUGAAUACCAAAGCCUUUAGAGUUGGCACAGCUGGGAAGAAGAAAAUAUACCUUCAAAAAUUCAGCUAGGAUUCAAAAGCAAAAAUGCGGCCGAUGCGUAUUUUUGUGAACGAUGACCGCCAUGUCAUGGCAAAACAUUCUGCAGUUUAUCCAACUCAGGAAGAGCUGACAGCAGUUCAGAACAUGGUCUCUCAUACUGAACGUGCUCUCAAAGCUGUAUCUGACUGGAUUAAUGAACAGGAGAAGGGCAGUGGGGAACAGCCAGAACCAGAGACCAUGGAGACAGCAGCUGAAGAAGAGAACAAAGAAGGAAGUGACCAGAAGACUACUGAACACUUGACUAGAACCCUUCGUGGAGUAAUGCGAGUCGGUCUUGUUGCCAAGGGGCUCUUACUGAAGGGAGACUUAGACCUUGAGCUGGUUCUGUUGUGCAAGGAGAAACCCACUACUGGUCUUCUGGAAAAAGUAGCAGACAAUCUUGGCACACAACUUAUUGCUAUUACUGAAGAUAAAUACGAAAUUAUCCAGUCUAUCAGUGAUGCUGCAAUUAUCAUUAAGAAUACAAAAGAGCCUCCACUGACACUUACUAUCCAUUUGACAUCUCCUGUUGUCAGAGAAGAAAUGGAAAAAAUGUUAGCUGGAGAAACGCUAUCAGUCAACGACUCACCGGACGUUCUGGACAGGCAGAAAUGCCUUGCUGCCUUGGCGUCACUCCGACACGCCAAGUGGUUCCAGGCCAGAGCAAAUGGCUUGAAGUCUUGUGUCAUUGUCAUCAGGGUGCUGAGAGAUCUGUGUACCCGUGUUCCUACUUGGGCUCCACUUAGAGGAUGGCCUCUAGAGUUGCUAUGCGAGAAGUCAAUUGGAACAGCCAACCGGCCUAUGGGAGCUGGCGAGGCCCUGAGAAGAGUUCUUGAAUGCCUUGCAUCAGGAAUAGUUAUGCCAGAUGGUUCUGGUAUUUAUGAUCCUUGUGAAAAAGAAGCCACUGAUGCUAUUGGGCAUCUAGACAGACAACAAAGGGAAGAUAUCACACAGAGUGCUCAGCAUGCAUUGAGGCUUGCUGCAUUUGGCCAGCUUCACAAGGUCUUGGGAAUGGACCCAUUACCAUCAAAGAUGCCCAAGAAACCCAAAAAUGAAACCCCAAUUGACUAUACUGUUCAGAUUCCCCCCAGCACUACAUAUGCUAUUGCUCCAUUGAAACGUCCUAUGGAAGAAGAUGGAGAGGAGAAGUCCCCAAGCAAAAAGAAAAAGAAGAUUCAGAAAAAAGGUAUUGAGUUGGCAAGAGAGGAGAAAUCGGAACCUCCACAAGCUAUGAAUGCUCUAAUGAAGUUGAAUCAGCUAAAACCUGGGCUGCAGUAUAAACUAGUGUCUCAGACAGGUCCAGUUCAUGCUCCUAUAUUUACUAUGUCUGUGGAAGUUGAUGGCAUCACAUACGAAGCUUCAGGACCUUCCAAAAAGACAGCCAAACUACAUGUAGCAGUAAAGGUAUUGCAAGACAUGGGAUUGCCAACUGGCGUGGAAGGCAGAGAGAAGGGAGAUGAAUCGGCAGAGGAAACGGAUCAGAAGCCAGUGGCUGUUGCAGCUCCUCCUGUAGUGGAAACUGUUUGUACUCCCAGUGCUGCUUCUCCAUCAGAUCAAACAGAGAAUGUGAAACAGCAGGGACCAAUCCUGACAAAGCAUGGGAAAAACCCAGUCAUGGAAUUAAAUGAGAAACGCCGUGGCUUAAAAUAUGAGCUGAUUUCAGAAACUGGUGGAAGUCAUGACAAGCGAUUUGUGAUGGAGGUUGAAGUUGAUGGACAGAAGUUCCAAGGGGCUGGUUCAAACAAAAAAGUAGCAAAGGCUUAUGCUGCACUAGCUGCAUUAGAAAAACUUUUUCCGGAUGCUCCCCUUCCAAUGGAGCAAAAGAAGAAAAGAGCCCCUAUGCCAGCAAGAGGUGGACCCAAGUUUCCAGUGAAGCAUAAUCCAGGCUAUGGUAUGGGAGGCCCUAUGCAUACUGAAGUACCUCCUCCCCCAAGCUUGCGAGGUCGUGGUAGAGGAGGAAAUAUCAGAGGCCGUGGUAGAGGCAGAGGUGGCUUUGGUAAUGCCAAUCAUGGAGGAUAUAUGAAUGCUGGUGCUGGAUAUGGAAGCUAUGGCUAUGGUGGCAAUUCUGCAACAGCAGGCUAUAGUCAGUUCUAUAGCAACGGCGGCCAUUCCGGCAAUGCAGGAGGGGGUGGUGGCUCCUCUGGGUAUGGCUCCUACUACCAAGGUGGUGACUACAGUUCUCCAGCUCCUCCAAAACAUGCUGGAAAGAAGCAGCAGCAUGGUGGUCAACAGAAGCCUUCCUAUGGCUCUGGGUAUCAGUCCCAUCAAGGCCAGCAGCAACAAUCAUAUAAUCAGAACCAGUAUAGUAACUACGGCCCCCCACAAGGCAAACAGAAGGGCUAUAACCAAGGCAACUACGCUUCAUAUUCCAAUUCCUACAACUCUCCUGGCGGCGGAGGCGGCGGUGGAUCAGACUACAGCUAUGAAAGUAAAUUCAGUUAUGGUGGUGGUGGUGGUGGUGGCCGUGGAGGCAGUGGCGCGAACAACUAUGGUUCAGGAGGUGCCUCCUACAAUGCUGGUUCCCAUGGCGGCUAUGGGGGAGGAUCUGGGGGCGGAGGGUCCUCUUACCAAGGUAAGCAAGGUGGAUAUUCUCAGUCAAACUACAACUCUCCAGGUUCAAACCAGAACUACAGCGGGCCUCCCAAUUCCUACCAAGCCUCUCAAGCUGGCUAUGGCAGAAAUGAUCACAGCAUGAACUAUCAAUAUAGAUAAACCAGCUAUUCUCAUGGGUGUGAACCUGUAUCUUCUAAACCUGCAUACCCUUUGAAUAUUGAGUUUUUAUUGCAUCACCGUAAACAUGUAAACCCUGUUUCCAUGUUGCAGUGCUCUUUGUGAUAUCAGUCACUAAUGGUUGAGUACCUUGUAAUUCAUACUUAGCUGUAUUUUGGACAUUUAAUGGCGUAUUUAAUGGUUUGUUAGUUUCCCAUUUCAAAUUUAGUCUAAAUAGAAUUUGAGUUCAUUUGGUAUCCUUUUUCUGUUUAAAUGACAUUCAAGUGUUAUCACUGUAUGGCUUUAAAUUGAUAAGGGAUAUCUUUUGCUAAUGCUUUUGUGAAGUGAGUUAAACGAGCUUUCUGUAUUUUAAUGCUUAGUGUUUUUCAGUUUUAUAAGUGAAGAUUUUAUUUUAAAACUCGUGGGAAAGAGUGGGGUUUGUAUGUCUGGAUCAUUCAGACAGCACAUCUGAAUUAUGCUGAAUGUAGACAAAUAAACACAAACUCUUCAUGUG